CCCGCCCCUGCCGGCCCCAGGCCCGGCCGCGGAGCCUCAGGCCGGCUGCGUUCGCGCCUCAGCCGCGGUGGGCGCGGAGCCCCCGUCUCGGGGGGUGGUGGCGGCGGCCGCAGCGGCGCUGUCGCGGGCAGGGCGGGAGCAGCAGGCAGCGAGGGCCGCUCGGUAGCAGGAGCCCGCUGUGUGUAGGGGUCUCCCCCGCUCUCCGGGCUCUGCAGCAGGUUGUGUGAAGUUUUGUGACCUGGAGCGGUGCGUAUCCGCCUAAGUCAGUGAGCACUGAGUCAGCGCUUCUGCCGCGGCUGCAGAUGGCCGUGUCGGAGCUGCCACGUAAGUAGCUCAACAUGAACUUUAACCGUCAAGAUCAUUUAAAAAGUGAAGAGAAUAAUAUCUUUUCUUCUGAGAGCUGGCUGUGGGAUUCUGGGGUUCUCCUGCAGUGCAGUCCUGUUCACUGCCUUUUACAGGACAUGGAGCCACGUUCCUUUCUUCAUGUUAAGUGCUAAGGAAGUUGUUUGUUUCAUCAGGGGAAAUGCAGAUCCAUGAAAUUACAUUUUGUGCAAGUUGUCGUUAACUCUGUUGGCAAUGUCUAUGAUUUUAUCUGCCUCUGUGGUCCGUGUGAGGGAUGGACUCCCACUUUCUGCAUCUACGGAUUAUGACCAGAGCACGGGAAUGCAAGAAUGUAGAAAAUAUUUUAAAAUGCUCUCAAAAAAACUUUCUCAGCUUCCUGAUAGAUGUACUCUGAAAACUGGACAGUAUAAUAUAAACUUUAUAAGUUCUCUGGGAGUAAGUUACAUGAUGUUGUGCACUGAAAAUUAUCCCAAUGUCCUGGCUUUCUGUUUCCUGGAUGAGCUUCAGAAGGAGUUCAUCACUACCUACAAUAUGAUGAAGACGAAUACUGCUAUCAGACCAUACUGUUUUAUAGAGUUUGAUAAUUUCAUUCAGAGGACCAAACAAAGAUACAACAACACACGUUCUUUGUCAACAAAGAUGAAUCUUGCUGAUAUGCAGACAGAAAUCAAACUGAGACCACCGUAUCAAAUUUCUGUGUCAGAACUUGGUUCAGCCAAUGGCUUUUCUCAUUUACCCGUGGGGGAGUAUAAGGGUACUGGUAAGAUAUCUGCAGCUCCUCAUCAGCGUCUGGAACCUGUGACUCUGCCAGGAAUUGUCUCGUUUGUGCUUAGUCUGUUAUGUGGAGCUUUGAAUUUAAUCCGUGGUUUCCAUGCCAUAGAAAGCCUUCUCCAGAAUGAAGGUGAAGAUUUCAGCUAUGUGAUUGCAUUUUUUCUUGGAACAGCGGCCUGUUUGUACCAGUGUUACCUGUUUGUGUACUACACAGGCUGGAGGAAUGCCAAGUCCUUCCUGACUUUCGGGCUGAUCUGCCUGUGUAACAUGUACCUGUACGAGCUGCGCAACCUGUGGCAGCUCUUCUUCCAUGUGACUGUGGGGGCCUUCUCCACCUUACAGAUCCGACUGCGGCAGCCCCAGGGGAAGUCCCCUGAUUACAACGUCUGACAAGGCCUGCAACCCUGACACCAAGGUCUUGUUCCAGCAGUUACUCUCAGGAAUGUAAAGCUGUUCUCCAAAAGAAGCUGUCUGAAUGAGGCUUUUUUUUUUUUUUCCUAAAGAAA